AUGUCUUUUGCAAAUUUGUUUCGACACUUCUCGACAUCAACCCGAGAAAUAUUAAUUAGCACGGCCGGUAUAGAAGGAGCCCCCAGUGCUGUCAUCCACAUAGCAAUGAUCGUUGCAAACAACAACGACUGCACCAUAUCAUUGAUAUGCAGGAAGAACAGUGAUGGAAAAAAUACACAGCGUUGUGGAAAUCCAGAAUUUAUGGGUCGGAACACCACCGUCGAAAACGACUCUGAUGUUCCGUUCGGCCUAAAAAGUAGAGAUCUAUUUGCACAAGUAGUAUAUUCAGGGGUAGUCCAUUAG